CACUCAGCUCUACUUCCUGCUCUUCAGUCCUAUCCAUCCUCAGCAAAAGCUGCUUCUCCCGAGUUCGAACAGCAGCAAACGGGCGGUUUCUUUCAAACCGGGUGCGGUCUUACUUUAAGAGAGAUCUCACUCUCGUGGUAAAUGUGAGUGAAGGACAAUACAAGUGAAAAGUAAUACUCUCUCGGCGAUCGACUUCGGGAUCAUUUUACCAAACAUGACAAAGGCGUGUUGGAUGCUUUUCUUUGUGCUCUUUCUGCUGUGUCUGCAGCAUUCGUGGUCCCAAAUGCAGUUUUUGGACUUAGUUCAAGGGGAACACGGUGGUCUGCAGUAUGAUUCAGGCUGGCCAUCAAAUCAAGACGUCAAUUACGUAAGACUGGCCAGAGAUCUUAAGACACAGUUUUUCAAUACAUUAACUGGUGACAAACAACAACAAGCAGCCGCAGAAGGAACGAAGAGGCGUGACAGAAUUACAGCCCUCUUCAUCAAACUGAUGACCCGUCUAUUUCGCCAAAGACCUUUCCAAAGACUUCUCUGCGGCUCCAACGCCACUUGCUUGGCUAACUUGAAUACUCCAAAUUACUAAGAGAUCUGUAGAAAGUGGAGCCAAUAUAUAUCAAAAUCAUAUUUUCUGUCUUUUCCAAGACUUGCCAAAUCGAUCUAAAUGACCGUAGCUGGCCUACUGUUAAUCUAACAUUUUAUAUCUACUUAGUUUUACUAAUACGUUUUCAAUGUGUAUAUAUACAAAUAAAAAGGAAACAAUAAAGAAACUGGAUUUUUUUU